GGGAACCACUAAAUUUGAAGACUUGUAGUGUUACUUCGUACUUGCUGCCAAUUCACUAAGGCAGAACUUCAACCAACUCAACAGCUUCAUAUACCCACCAUAUAUCUUUCCAGACUUUUGCAAUAUCCAGUCCAGUAACUUCGGUCCAAAGGGAAAUAAGCCUCUGAAGCAGAAAAAAGCUCUUCUGAGCUACAAAAUCAGGCAAUAUGGCUAUGAAUCUUGACCUUAGUAACGCUUCUGUUAUGAAAGAUGAGCAGGGGCGGCCAUUUAUCAUUGUAAGAGACCAAGGAAAGAAGAAGCGCCAAUAUGGAAACGAAGCCGUAAAAUCACAUAUCCUCGCCGCCCGAACCGUUGCAAACAUCGUCAAGACCUCUCUGGGUCCUCGUGGCCUCGACAAGAUUCUCAUUUCACCCGAUGGUGAUAUCACAGUUACCAACGAUGGAGCUACCAUUCUACAACAGAUGGAGAUCUCGAACCACGUAGCGAAGUUGUUGGUCGAGCUCUCCAAAUCCCAGGAUGACGAGAUUGGUGAUGGUACAACUGGUGUUGUUGUGUUGGCCGGUGCUCUCCUUGAGCAGGCUGCCGAAUUAAUAGAUAAGGGAAUCCAUCCUAUCAGAAUAGCCGAUGGCUACGACCAGGCCUGCGACAUUGCUGUGUCUGAGUUGGACCGCAUAUCAGAUACUAUCGAGUUCAGUCGCGAAGCGACAGAGAACCUUGUUAAGGUUGCGAGGACAAGUCUGGGAAGCAAAAUCGUAUCCAAGGCACACGACCAAUUCGCCAACAUCGCCGUUGAUGCAGUCUUAUCUGUUGCCGAUCUCGAGCGAAAAGAUGUCGAUUUCGAAUUAAUCAAGGUGGAUGGCAAGGUGGGUGGUUCAUUAGAAGACUCACUAUUGGUUAAGGGUGUCAUCGUUGACAAGGACUUUUCACACCCUCAAAUGCCAUCAGAAGUCAGAGAUGCCAAGAUUGCCAUCCUCACUUGCGCGUUUGAGCCGCCGAAGCCUAAGACCAAGCAUAAGCUCGAGAUCACUUCGGUCGAAGAGUUCAAGAAACUGCAGAAUUAUGAGCGUGAGAAGUUCAUUGAGAUGAUUCAGCAAAUCAAGGACACUGGUGCAAACCUGGCCAUCUGCCAGUGGGGUUUUGACGACGAGGCGAACCAUCUAUUGCUGCAAAACGAAUUACCGGCAGUAAGAUGGGUAGGUGGUCCAGAGAUUGAACUUAUUGCUAUUGCUACCAAUGGUAGAAUAGUACCUCGAUUUGAAGACUUGAAGCCCGAGAAGCUUGGCCGAGCGGGUAUCGUACGGGAGAUGUCUUUCGGUACUACUAGGGAGAAGAUGCUCGUCAUUGAAGAAUGUGCCAACACGAGAGCUGUCACAGUCUUUGUUCGAGGAAGCAACAAGAUGAUCAUCGAUGAAGCCCGAAGAUCACUCCACGAUGCCCUAUGCGUUGUACGGAAUCUGGUGCGUGACAACCGGGUGGUUUAUGGUGGCGGUGCGGCAGAAAUCGCUUGCUCCAUCGCGGUGGAGGAUGCGGCUGUCAAGACCCCUGGCCUGGAACAGUAUGCGAUGCGCGCGUUCGCCGAGGCGCUGGACGCAGUGCCCAUGGCACUAGCAGAAAACAGCGGUCUUAACCCCAUCGCGACGCUGGCUGAGGUCAAGUCGCAGCAGGUCAAGGCCGGCCCAGAAGGUCGUGGCAUCUUGGGUGUCGACUGCAUGAACGGCGGUAGCAACGACAUGAAGAAGGCUUUUGUUAUUGAUCCCCUUAUCGGAAAGCGCCAGCAACUUAUGCUGGCCACCCAACUGUGUCGCAUGGUGCUUAAGGUUAACAAUGUCAUCAUCAGCGGCUCCGGAGACCAGGACUAUUAGGUACUCUUCAUGCGAGAAUGCAUGAGUGCUCCGAAACAUGAGGCAUGAAUCACCUGCAUAGGUUCCUAGAAGCCGUACCCGCUCGUAGCGAUGUCUACGUCCUGCGGGAAGAGAGGAGACGGACAAAGGAACCAAGGGCGAGAACCUCAUCAUGUACGGAUGUAGAUAGAGAGACAGACAGACAGACAGACAGACAUAUGAGACUUGUAAAGGUCAAAUAGUCAAAAAACGUCUAGCUUAGAUAGGUUACCUACAUACAAGACUCACUUACCUACCUGCCCACCUAGGACUUACCCACCUAUUAGGCUACACAGGUUGGAAAUAUACUCGCUGUCUACGACGAA